GAAGGAGAGGCAGGGAGGAGCAGGAGGAGGUCUGCCCAAACCCCGCCUCCGGUCUCGGAUCAUCUCGCAUUCCUUCUUCGCGGCCCCUCAUGCCGUAGAUUGAUAGAGAAAAGGAAGCAGAAACACAGACAGGGCAGACGAAGAAGCAGAAGAAAGAAGAAGGGGCGCAGCGAAGCGACCAUGGCAGUAUCCACGACGCGCCAGCGCGAGACAGAGUCCGAGCAAAGCGCGCACCCUCCACCGCCCAGCAGAGCCCGGAGCAUGCAGACGCACCACAGACAGCGUCUCGAUGAAUGAAAGCAGCCGUGUUACCUGGGCCGCGGACACAAUGAGGGUCAUCUUUACCCAAAACGCCGGUUUCGUCGCAGCCUUUUCGCCUUUCUUCUAAUAUUGGCAACGUUUAGGACGACAGAUGACGUGAACAACAUAGAACUGACCGCAGUUAGAUCGUGCCAAUUUAUUUAUGUUUUUUUUUUCUUCUUAAAUAGAUGAGGGGAGAAAAAAAAAAGCAGCAUGCAAACAUAAUACAGCCAGUAUUUUAAAAACGAAAGCGUAAUCAGAUUGCGAAAUCUGAAUAAAAACAGAAUAGUCAAUGUUUUAUUAGCGACAUCAUUGGCAUUUUAAUAUAAUUUGUAUGCAUAAUUAUUAUAGAUCAGUGAGAUAUUUUUAGUAAUCGAUCAUCAUAGCGCGAUUAGAGCAUAAAUAGGUUAAAUGUUUGUUCACUUUGAUCAAAGCCAAAUGAUCAAACAAGACACUCAGUAAAUGAAUUAUAUAUGUAAUAACUACACUUUCUUUAUUAUUUGUAAUUUAUUUAUUUAUUAUUACUAUUAUUAGGUCUAUAAGUAUUAUCUUAUCAAUAGUUUUAGUUGGUAGUUUAGAAAUAUUUAGAUUUUUUAAGAUACCUCUCCAGAGAAAUGGAGACCGCUUAUUUAUCCGCAAACCGAGAGGGCCCCCAGGGGCCCCAGAGAGGUCAAAGCUUAGCGGGUGUCCCCUCUCCUCCGGGCUCACCUGUCGGCGGAUCACCGGAGGAGACCCCCUCUCCGGGUGAUGGACGGCGGAGCUCGGGCGUGAAGAAGCACCACCACAAACACAACCUCAAACACCGCUAUGAGCUCCUGGAGACGCUGGGAAGAGGCACCUACGGCAAAGUCAAGAAGGCUAUUGAGCGGCAGACCGGCAGAGAGGUAGCAAUCAAAUCGAUCCGGAAGGAGAAGAUAAAGGAUGAGCAGGACAUGGUGCACAUCCGCAGAGAGAUUGAAAUCAUGUCAUCCCUCCGCCACCCACACAUCAUCUCUAUAUAUGAAGUGUUUGAGAACAAGGACAAGAUUGUGAUUGUGAUGGAGUAUGCAAGUAAAGGGGAGCUGUAUGACUACAUCAGCGAGCGUCGGCGCCUGAGUGAGCGGGAGACACGACACUUCUUCAGACAAAUCGUCUCUGCUGUGCAUCACUGCCAUAAGAAUGGAGUGGUGCACAGAGAUCUGAAACUGGAAAAUGUGCUACUGGAUGAAAACUGUAAUAUUAAGAUUGCUGAUUUUGGGUUGUCCAACCUCUACCAUAAGGACAAGCUGCUGCAAACUUUCUGUGGAAGCCCCCUUUAUGCUUCACCGGAGAUUGUGAAUGGAAGACCUUACCGUGGCCCGGAGGUGGACAGCUGGGCUCUUGGAGUGCUGCUUUAUACCCUGGUCUAUGGAACCAUGCCUUUUGAUGGGGGAGACCACAAGAAGCUCAUUCGCCAGAUUAGCAAUGGUGAAUACAAAGAGCCCACUCAGUCUUCAGAUGCCCGUGGACUGAUCCGCUGGAUGUUGAUGGUAAACCCUGAACGGCGAGCAACAGUAGAGGACAUAGCCAAUCACUGGUGGGUAAACUGGGGCUGGAAGAACAGCGUCUGCGACUGCGAAGCCCAGCGGGCCCGUUUUAUCGAUUGGCAGAUUCGCACCGAGCCACGUAAUAAUGGGGCCAAGGCUGCAGCCGUGCCCCAGAUCCUGCGGCAGAGGCCUAAAAAAUCGAAGAAGGAAAAUGUUGAGGCUGGUCAAUCCCAAGAGGCAGCAGAAGACAAGCCAGGUUUGAAGAGACCCAAGGGCAUUUUGAAGACCAGAAUCACUGAGAAGCAAAGGUCCACCAGUAAAGAGGAAGUGGAUCUGAGUCAAGCAGCGCUGCCUCAAGCUGAAGGUGGAGAGGAGGCUUUAAGCCCUGACAGAGAGGAAGAGGAGCCAGUGUUAGGAGGUGGCUCACCAGCUAAGAUGAUACCGUCUCUACCAAAGAAAGGCAUAUUGAAAAACAACCAACAGCGGGAAUCAGGGUACUAUUCCUCCCCAGAGCGCAGUGAAUCCUCAGAGAUUUUAGGAGGAGCAAGCAUGUCCUUGUUAGCCACCCCUCCUCCUAAGCGGGUGAUGGGAAGAAAGGGCAUUCUGAAGCGAAACGGCAAGUACUCUACCUACAGUGGGCCACCCUCAGCAGCAGCAGUGGCAGGGGUACUGGGCGAGCCUCCUUCUACAACCGACUCCGGUCUGUCCCGCAGUCAGAGUCGGCCCUCCAGCAUCGUGGGGGAGGACAGCUCCAUCCUAUCGCUUUCACCGAGUUCCCUCAGCGGAGCAGAGUGGCAUCCCUCCAGCCCACAUCACCGCUCAAACAUCAGGGCUUGCGUCUCGGCUGAAAACCUGCUGCAACUAGCCAACUUCAAAGGUCUGCAGACUGCACCACCCAUCCAGGGGCCCCAAUUCAGCCGUGGCUCAAAAAUUAAAGGCUCCCCAGGGGACAAUGGCAGCUUCUCCCUGCUGGGGGAUUUGGAAGACAUGACUCAGGUGUACCAACAAGCCCUGGACAUCAGCAGCAAUCUUACCUAACAAGCUGGUGGCAGAGGGAGAGGAAGCAGAGGGAUUUGAUUGUGACUCUGUGUGUGCAAUGAAGUGUUUGUGCAGCAUUAACGACCAGUGUGUUACUGGGAUACACCUUUGGGAAGCCGUGACAAAAGUUUGGUUGCAAAAGAUAUGCUUGCGCUUACACAACUGCACACACAGAUGCACAUGUUUAUGUGUAAUUCUCUGUUCAGUGGAAAUUCAAGUUUUAGGCUUUGUGAACAGGAGAGAGACUCUGAGCUGGCACAGGAGAGAGAAAAUGCCACCCAGUAUGCUGUCCUGGCCCGCUGUAGACUCUGCUGUGUUCAACAUGUUUACAUAUUUAGCAAGAAGGCAAGUCAGAAUCACAAACGCUGCACCCAGAAACUGGUUGGCUCUCCUUUUUGUACACCACCAAUGUCUGAGUUUACAAAAGCACCUUAAAACUCACACAGAGCACAUGCUUUUGUGAUCUUUACUUCCUUUAAAAAGAAGAAACAAACCAGGGUCUUGUUCUGAAUUUAAAAAGAAAUAUCAAUGUUUAUUUAUUAUUAAUGUUUUUAAGCUUUAGUUGUAGGUGCCAAACUGGUGGGUGGCUGGUUGAUACUGGAAUCUUCACGUCUCCAACUCUUUGGGUGAAACUGACAUAUAUAAUUAUGUUACUCAGUGAUAAACAUAUUAUUACUCAACACAUAAAACCAUGCUUGUGUCUGUAAUACACAGGCAAAUAUACUUUCUUAAAAGUGUAUGUCCUAUAUGCGUAUGGUAUGAAGAAUAUGUAGGAAGUGCCUUUUUUGAUUCAUAAUAAAAAUUAUGUAUGUUGUUUCCUUAAAAGAGAAGGAAAAGCCAGCCCACCCUGAGACCAGUUUUAUUUUUUAUAUGUUUGUGAAUGUGGAGAAACCCAGGGCCUUCAGAGCAUACCUGACUUACUUUCCUUGUACUAGGGUUUAAAGGUUGACCUUUGGUAGGUGAAAUCAAACUGUCUGGUUUUCUCCUUUUCUUUUCAUCCACAUGGAUCAGAGCUGAGCUUGCUUUUUUCAAUGUUUAAGUUCACUGUUUGUUUUAUGCAGCGGUGUAGGUUCUGCUGAACAUGUUUUUUACUGGAAUCACAAGGAAUCGCUCAUCAAGUGGGACAAUUCUGUGUAUUGUGGUGUCAAAGGUGAUAUGGAUAGAGGUUUUGAAGUUGGUGGAAUCUUGAUACGUUAAUAAGGUGUGUUCACCAAUUAGGAAAAAGAUUCUCAUUUCAGCAUUCAGCAGGUUGAUCUGUUUGCAGUAAACCGGUCACAGUCCAUCUCUCGUCCUGAACUGUCCCUGUAUAGUACUUCUGUUGGAGAGAUGUGUUUUCACUUUAAUUUUAUGUUUUACCAAAGACGUUUCAGCUGUUUUCCACUGUGGGCCCGGUUAAUAUUUCACCCGCAGCUCUUCGAAAGAGCAAAGUUAAGCUUUUUGUUUUGCUUGCCGAUGACACAGCAAAUUCCUCAGACGAAACGCUGGAGACAUGUUGUUCUAGAGAUCUCUAAUCAUCCCGCCCCUAACCCCGACUCAGCACAGGUGAAAUCUGCAGUCUGUGCUUAGCCUCCCAGCUGUGUAUACUUGUUCAUUGUGCCCACAGUGCACAAUUAGCCCGCCAUUGUUUUAUUGGAGCGUGAGAGGGAGUCAGUGCGUGGAGAGUUAUAGCUGCAGGGAAAAGUGAAGUGUGUAAAAGAGAUAUGCGAUUCAGAAGAUAAGGGAGGAUGUGUUUGUUGAAAGCAAGAGGGAGCAGAGUGCUAGAAGCAAUUUUUGAUGGACAUGCAAUGUAGAAUAGAGGGUGUAAAGAAAGUGAUUAAAAAGAGUAGAUGGAAAGUUUUUUGUACCAAAGAUAUGACGAGGCUUUGAAAUGAUUAAAUAGGCUUAAAUGAGUCCUUCUAACUCGGGUAACCCCCCAUUUAUAAUUGUUGGAGAUGCUGGAGGCUGUUGAUGCAACUUGUCUAGAGAAAUUUUUUCUUUAUAACCUUAGAAAACGUAUUACUCUUAAACAUCAGCAAACAUACAUCGUAUCAAAUGAUAAAGAUGGUAAAAACAUGCAGUUGGAGAGCCCAAAAUAAAAACCAUGUUGAAAGUUUUCAGUAGUCAGCUCGUGUGAAGGACAGAUCCUGGGGUACUGAGUUUAAUAAAAGACCCACUGCUUAUAAUAUUGUAUUUAAUUGCCUUUUGUAUUGCAUUUUAAUGUCAACUGGAUUUACAGUGAAAAACUUAUACUAUGUUAGUAUUUUGGUUUAUUACGCUUCUGUUUUUGAUUUUCCAAAAUGUAAGAAAUGUUUAUUGCUUUAUGUAUGGCAGAAAAGCAAAUACUUCCUUCCUCGAAGUAUUAGAAUUUCUCUGAAACAGGCACACUAAUAUGGCAUGAAAUUGGUGUUGUAAUUAGAUUUUUCUCUGUUUUGACACACCAAAAUGUCAGAGUAGCUUAAACAGUUUAAAAUAAAAAAAAAAGACCUGUUUGGAAAAGGUGGGGAAAAAAUAAUCUAAUAAUUUUUUAUUAGCCAAAGCAUGGGAGACCCAAAAUAUUGAAAAAGAAAUAAUUUGAUGAUGAAAGUUUAACUCUGCCAAACUGGAAAUAACUGGUGCAUACUUGUUAGUUAGCAGAAAGUCUAAUCAUAAGAAAACUUGACUGGAUGUUGUUAUGACAAUAAUAAUAAGUUUAGUAUUAUUAUGUUAUUUAAGUAUUAUUUUUGUUACUGCUCAUUAUUUCAUUUUUUUUUCAUGUUUAAUUGAUUUUGUUGGUGGGUAAUCCUGGACUUCCAAGGUUUGUUAAGUUGUGUGCCUUGGGAAUUUUUCAUGAUUUUCUUUUCUUUUUUUUUAUUAUGAAAAUUGUUUUUUUUGUACUUUUAUUUAUUGAUCAAGCCAUUUUAGACAGUGUGUUGAGAUUCUGACACACUGCAUUUAAAACGCCUGAGAGCUGUUUCAUCUGACUGAAUAGAACAUCUCUGGAAUUCUGUAAAACUUUUUAAUUCAGUUUUCAGGUCAACACAAUGCCCAUGUAGUACUGUAAUAAUUCAAAUAAAAGGAUCUAAAAAACUUCUGGA